AUUAGAUCGAAACUACUAGAACGUAUUAUGAUUAUCAAUCAACGCAAAUUUUCCUACAAACGUUAUCGUUUUUAUUUUGGAAUAUUUGUUCCAUGUAAAAUGCCUUAUACUAGUGGUUCUGGACGUGUACCAGCACUUUUAUCAUGUCACAUGACCGACACGCUCAUCAAAACCUUUUUGAAAUUCUUAAAAAACGCUAUAAUUAAAGAAAAGAAAAUUCCACCCAAGUCAACUGCUACGACUAACGACAAAAUAGCGAAUCCCUUGGCAUCACCUAUAGAUUUAAAUCCUCAUGACAACAUGCUCGAUUUGCAAGACGUUGUAAACAACGAUUACAAUUUCAAAUUACCUAGAACUACAUUUACUAAACCUACAACUCCUGCUAUUACUUUAGCACCUGAUCCACCAGAUCACCUCCCUGGUAGUAAUAAAUGGUACGCCGAACUACGCAGACUAAGAGAUGAUCAUAACCUACAAGUUAACACCCAAAGGCGUAUUGAAGAAGGAGAACGGAAAGCAUUAUUGCUUGGCACAUCCGUCAAAAGAGCAGAUCUACGUGAAGCUAUGGCUCAAGAUCUUACUACUUAUCAGAAUACACACCACGAUUUUUCCCUGUUCGAUAUCAACGCAGAUCAUUAUCGUUGCAAAGGUUCCACUCCGGAAGAAGCUAAAGAACUCGAAAAACGCCCACGCAAACGAAAUGUGAUAUAUCCCACAAUUUAGACUUACAUCAUUAACAUUACAAACAAUUUAGAAUAGUG